UUGGGAUUGGUAAAAUGAUAUAAGCCAUGGAUGAAGCAAAUGGCGGUUCUAAUCAAUCUCAGACCAAGAUGUCCAUGACAACUAAAACACCUCUGUCGGAUAUAGCAGAAGCGUUUGAGGAGCUGUCGGAAUUGUUGGGGUCUCAGAACAAGGAUCAAGAACUUCCGCUGGAUACAUUCUGUGAAGCAUGUUCUCUGGUUUCUGUUCUUUUCAGCUGUCUCGGCCUCGCCUUCAAAUUCGCCGAGUUGGAGUACGUCGCCAAGGUACAUGAUCUGGUGGAAGCAUCCAAGAGGUUUGCCACCUUAGAAAAUGUUCUUGAUCUCGAUGUUGCUAACGACACGGUGAAGACACCGGGAAGCCAUUCGCGUAACCUGCGUCGAGUUAGACAAGGCCUUGAUCUCAUCCGCGCUUUAUUCGAAGAAUUUGUGUCGUCUGACUGUUACUCAUUGAGGGAUGCGGCUUCAACAGCUUAUGCUCAAGUGUGUGCACCGUACCACACAUGGACUGUCAGGACCGCUGUUUCUGCUGGAAUGUAUACUCUUCCAACAAGGGAAGAACUUCUGAUCAAGCUCAAUGAAACAGAUCAUACAGCAGAGAAGAAAAUGAAAAGGUAUAUCGAAGCUUCGCGUCCAGUACUAUCGUACAUUGAUAAGCUUUAUAUUUCUAGGAAUGUCACCUUGGACUGGUGA